CAUUUCCCUGUGUUCUACCUUUCUGAAGACGGAAAUGUCAAGAGAGAUCGAUUGUUGUUUAGUGUUGGAUCGAUAAAUGAGCUCUUAAAAAGGUUCUACAUCUUUACAUUCAGUUUAUUUAUAGAGUUUUAGUCCACUCGUUUAUCAACUGACAGUCUGAAGUUGAUAUCUUCAAAGGCAUUAUGCCUGGUUUAGAUUUAAAGUUUCUGGAGAGACCGAGGAGGAGCUUUUAUUGUCCUCUGUGUGAAAAGCCAAUGCGGGACCCCGUGCAGGUGUCCACCUGCGGACACAGAUUCUGCGACACCUGCCUGCAGGAGUACCUCAGUGAAGGUGUGUUCAAGUGCCCAGAGGACCAGCUGCCGCUGGAUUAUGCCAAAAUUUUUCCAGAUGUGAAGCUAGAACAGCAGAUUCUUUCCCUGCCCAUCCGCUGCAUCCACAGUGAGGAGGGCUGUCGGUGGACCGCGCAGAACAAGCUCCUACAGGCCCAUUUGUCUGUGUGUGAGUUUAACGUGGUGUCGUGUCCAAACCGCUGCUCCGUGAAGCUGCUGCGACGUGAUCUGCCGGAGCAUCUGCAGCAUGACUGUGCGAAGAGAAAACUACAGUGUGACCACUGUGGUGAUGAGUUCACUGGGGAGGCAUAUGAGAGUCACCAUGAUGAUUGUCCAGAAGAGAGUGUGUACUGUGAGAAUAAAUGUGGAGCUCGUAUGGUGCGGAGACUGUUGGCCCAGCACUCUGUGUCUGAGUGUCCCAAACGUAAACUGCCCUGCAGAUACUGCAGAAAGGAGUUCCUCUAUGACACUAUUCAGCAUCAUCAGCAGCAGUGUCCAUGCUUCCCUAUGCAGUGCCCAAACAGGUGUGGCACACCAGGAAUCACUCGAGAUACUUUAAUGGCACAUGUAAAGGAAGGAUGCAGCACUGCUGUGGUGCUUUGCCCGUUUAAGGAGGCUGGAUGCAAACAUAGGUGCCCCAAGAUGGCAGUGGGACGACACCUUGAGGAGGCCACACACACCCACCUCUCUCUUCUCGGUGGUCUGGUGACUCGCCAGAGGCUGGAGCUCAGGGAACUCCGAAGUGCAGUGGAGGAACUCUCUGGAAGUCGAGAUGGCACACUGCUCUGGAAGCUCCAGGACUUCAGCCAACGGCUACAGGAAGCUAAUAGCAGGACUUCUGGAAGUUUGGAAUUGUUUAGUCCCGCCUUCUAUUCCCAUGACUAUGGUUACCGUCUGCAAGUGUCCGCCUUUCCCAAUGGGAACGGCAGUGGCGAGGGCUCUCACUUGUCAAUCUACAUUCGUGUUCUACCAGGAGAGUAUGACGGGCUGCUUGAGUGGCCUUUCCCUUACCGCGUUUCCUUCUCGCUCUUGGAUCAGAGUGACCCAGCCCUCACAAAACCUCAGCACGUCACUGAGACCUUCAGCCCAGAUCCCACCUGGAAGAACUUCCAGAGACCACGGCCUGGAGCUCUGGGAAGUCUUCGUGGGGGCUGUCUGGAUGAGAGCAUGCUGGGCUUCGGCUACCCAAAGUUCAUCUCCCAUGAGGAGAUGAAGAAAAGGAACUAUAUCAGAGACAACGCUAUUUUCAUUAAAGCCUCCAUAGAUGUUGUCCAGAAAAUAAUGAACUCUUGAGUUCUGAAAGAAAUUUUAAAUAAUGUGAAAAAUAUUAACUUCUGGCCCUUUUAGCUUAUAUUCAAAAUAAAGACAUAUAAUGUUUUGUUUAAAAAUAAUCAGGGCUUUUCUACAAAUGAAGGAUAUUAACAGACUGAGAAGAAUAACUAAUACAAAAUAAUUUGUGAUUUGCGUGUAUUUUUCUGUGAUGU